AAUUGCGCAUGACUGCUUUGUAUCGUUUUGAUUAAAUACAUAAUACAAAGCGUGUACAGAAAAUUGGAAAAUUUCCGUAAGGAGAACAAGUAUUAAUGCAUUUUAUUAAAAAAAAUUCAUCUGAGAUAUGAAGACCAUUGAGAACACAUUCGUUAGAGGGCCAUCACCUUCGUACUCAGAUGAUCUUAAUUCAGAAAACGCGGCCAUGUCAGCUACUUUACCUAUUGAUAGUAUGUCAAUGAAAGAACAUCAAUCUGUAAGGAAGCAGAAGCACUUUCUUAAAGAGUUUUGCAAUUUGAGCGUACAGGAUGAGAGCAAAUCCUCAGUUAAACAGGGACGGCAUACAUUUGCUUUUUGGGCAGUAGUCUUAGUUUUGCUGGUACUCACCGUUGGAAAUCUGAUUUUAACAUUAACAAUAAUUGGCGUGUUGCGUUUGGGCAAAGGUAUAUAUGGUAUGGAAUUAAUACCAGAAGAAGAUGCGAUCAAAUUCUUUGGCUGCACCGAUCUUGAUCGCAUUUACUCGAAAAACGUAGGACAAUUUGAGGGCUUCAUCGAUGAACCGCUUACAAUAACUGGGGACAACGCAGCGGUUUAUGUUCGUAUGCAUCAUCGCAACGGUCAAAUUCAUAAUCGACUUAUAGUGGAUAAGUCAGGCGUGCAAUUUCGCGGUAUCAAUACUUUUGAUAUUAAGGAUCCAGAAACUGGUGCCGUUAUAUUUACAACGCAUCGGCCUCAUUACAAUAUGCCGAAAGGAGCUAAUGUGCUGCUAAGUAAGUCAAUCAGCGCUAGUCGUAUAGCCAGUGCCAUUAAUGAGUCAUUGGCUAUAACGGCACCAGAUGAUCGCCUAUCUAUAAGAGGUUCUGAAGGGAUUCGCAUGGAUGCAGCCGCAAUGUUUCUGCAAGCUGAACAUAAUCUUUUAAUAAAUUCCACUCAAGGUGCUCUCACUUUGGAGGCCAAUUCCGGUAUAUAUUUGAAUAUGGAAAAAAUUCCAAUAGUUAAAGCUGAAAUGGGUCUACGGACAGGGAGCGUUCAGUAUAAAUUAUGCGUGUGUAUGCCGCAGGGCAUUGUCUUUCGUAUCGCUAUACCAAGAGUGCAUAAUGGGCCAAAGGUGUCAUGUGCACAUUUUAGUGCUAAGCAUGACCCUUGCACCAUCAACUAAAGCCAUUAUCACUAUUUCAACAUUAAAUAAUGAAUCGGUUGAUUAAGAAUAAAACGAAAUGUGUUUUUUUUUUUAAUUCAAAUUAUAAAUUUUUUUUUGUUUUUAUUAUUUUACAGGGACAUAUGUUGAAUUUUUAAUAGAAAUCGAAAGAAUGCUAAGCAUUAUAUAGCUGUUCACUUACUUGGAGAAGAAAACGAAAAAACAAAAACGUUUCGGGUAAAAAAUUCAAAACUUAUACGAA